AGUUUUAAUUCACAUUGACAUUUCAGAGCUGUGGAACUACCUUGUCUUUGCGAGUUGUUCAUGGGGGGGGACCAUUUACUGCGUUACACCGAAACCGGAAGUUGUUGGUACAUCGCUGCAGAAAGAAAAAAGAAAAAAGAAAAAAGAUGUCCUAGCUGGGAGGAAUGAAUGGCUGUUGUGAUGCCCUGAGGUGCCUUUGCUCACAUCUGUCCAGGAUGACAUGAAGCUUUAAACUCGGUUCUCUCCCGUCUUCCGUUUUAUUUUGUUCCUCCGCCGCUGGUCACGGUGCCAUGGCAACUAGGAUGAAGCUGAAGCUGAAGACCGUGUUUGUGCUGUACUUCAUGGUUUCCCUCCUGGGCCUCGUCUAUGCACUGAUGCAGCUGGGCCAGCGCUGUGACUGCACCGAACACGACCUUCCAAACUCCCGAACCAUAUCCCGGCUGCGGGGGGAGCUGCACCGCCUCCAGGAGCAGAUGAGAAAGUCGGAGGCGACGAAACAGCCCCAGAAGCAGCCGGCCAAGCCCCCUCCGCCCACCAUAUUUGUCAUCACUCCGACAUAUGCAAGGCUGGUGCAGAAAGCUGAGCUGACUCGUCUGUCCCAGACCUUUCUCCAUGUUCCUCAGCUCCACUGGAUCGUGGUGGAGGACUCCCCGCACAAGACCCCUCUGGUGAGCGACCUCCUGGUGAAGAGCGGCCUGACCUACACGCACCUGCACAUGCCCACAGCCAAGGACCGCAAGCUACAGGAGGGUGACCCCAGCUGGCUGAAGCCUCGUGGAGUGGAGCAGAGGAACGAGGGACUACGGUGGCUCAGAGAGGACAGAAGGGCUCAGCCGGGAGGAGACAACCAGCAGGGAGUGGUUUACUUUGCUGAUGACGACAACACGUACAGCCUGCAGAUAUUCGAAGAGAUGAGGAGCACCCAGCGGGUUUCAGUGUGGCCUGUGGGGCUGGUUGGAGGGAUGAAGUAUGAGAGGCCUGUGGUGGAAGGAGGAAAGGUCGUUCGCUUCCAUACCGGCUGGCGUCCCAGUCGUCCCUUCCCGAUGGACAUGGCCGGCUUCGCUGUGUCCCUCAAACUGGUCCUGGCCAACCCCGAGGCUUGUUUCGACGGCGAGGCACCGAUGGGCUUCCUGGAAAGCAGCUUCCUUCAGGGGCUGGUUACCAUGGACGAGCUGGAGCCCAAAGCGGACAACUGCUCUAAAGUGCUGGUGUGGCACACGCGGACAGAGAAACCGAAGAUGAAGAGGGAGGAGGCGUUGCAGGCUCAGGGACUGGGUUCAGAUCCAGCCGUGGAGGUCUGAGAAACACACAAAACACACACACACACACACACAGACACACAGUGUAAAACGUACUCUGCCGUUUAAUGCUGCACAUGUAACUCUGCGUUGUAAAUACUGUAAACAAAAAAAAACAAAGAAAAAACAAGAGAAAUAUUUAAAUGAUCCUGGUUAUGACUGUCUAUGUUUGUUUUCCUGUUUUUCCGUGUCGGGGUAGUAAAUGUGCGAGUGUGUAUGUGUUAGUGGAUGCUGACUUUGUAGUUCAAACUGUUACCUGAUGGGGGCGCCAUUUUUUUAAAGUUAGUGCUGCUCCACAGACCUGCAUACUGGUGUCAUUCGUAGGGUUUCACUUGUUUACCUGUGUUGAGUGGAGACGACAGCAACCACCAACGUCCGGGCUGAUUUUUUAGGGUCAAGUUCCUUUUAUUCAUGCAUGGCCUCUUUUUCAGGGUGUUUAUUAUGUCUUUAUUCAGCCAAAUAGAUGUGUCUUCUUUUAUUUUUUUAUCUCUUUUUAUUUUUUUUGAGUCACGUGUCAAGAACCGUCAACAAAAUCAAAAGCGCGAUACUGAUCUUCACUGAAACUGUGAAAGAACAACGUCCCUAUGUUAGCACUGUUGAGCCGAGGUAGUGUUCAUUACAUAUACAGCCGCAAUAAAAACAAGCCAAACAAUGAACAAAUCCUAGAAACUAGUUGUUGCGUGGCCUUGUGCAGAAACAUCCGGUGAAACUUAGCAACACAGCAAUGACAACAACACACAAUAGUUAAAGGUCCCACACCUAGUGCAGCUUUUAGAGCGAACUAGACAUAGACAGCUUUAUAUGUAGAGAUAUUGAAAUCCAUUCCUAAAACCUGAGAGAGGGAGCAAACACUACUGAAAUGAAUACAAAGCACGCCUUCCACCAUACAUAUCCACACUUCAGUAAUAAGAAAAACACUUGAAUUUGCCUCUGAUGGGCAGCAAAUCCCUGGUACUUUACAGUAGUGGCGUCUCAAAGCUAUAUUUGAGAAGAAGCUUCGAAUAUAAACACAUCUACUCGAGCUAUGCUGGAUUAUCUUCCACAAGGUCCUCAGAAGUGGGAAGAAGGACUAGCUCCUCAGCUACUGUUGUAUGACACUGUAUAGAGAAAAAUAAAUAAAUAAAUAAACAGCUAGUGCCUGCUUCAGUGUAACUAGUGCCUGUAAGUAAGUUCUCUACUGGUGUAAGAUGUAUUUAUUACUGUAAUAUUGUUCUUUACAUUGUACAAUGUGAUAAUGUCUGUACCUGACCUUGAGAAUAAAUCUAGAUCAUGUUAAAUAUG